AUGGGGUUACCUGAAAUUAGCUUCCUUCAAAAAAGCUGCAUACUUGUGGAGCUGAAAUUAUUUUAUCAAACAUUGUUGCCACCCAAGGAACUGUAUUGGAACCACCGAAUAACUACAGAAUUGAGCAAAUUUUCUAGUAUAAAGUACGCAAGGCCAACUUUUGCGGUAAACAAUGGCACAUUUCAAAGAGAAAGACCUAAACUAGACUUGAUACUGGCUUCAUCCGACGUUCAAAAACUGGCAACGGUUUUGUUCAAUUUAAGAGCGUUCAUAAUGAGUGGCAAAGCGAGCCAGUCGACUGUAACUAUGUCCACUGGCAUUCAAGCAAAUAAGGAAGAGAUAAGUUACUUAGAACAGAAACACUCACGUCUGAUAGAUGCAUGGAGUGGUGAUACCGAGGCUCAAGACUCGCCUUUUCUUCGACUCCAACCGGAUAGCAACCUAUUAUUUGCAAAGAGACCAGUACGUUGUGUUAAUACUACGGAAGAUGAGGAUGUAAACGUAUCUAAUGGAGAGUUUUUCAAACUGCACUACAAUCAGCAUGAAAGAAGGAACGCUGCUUUGGUCGAUGAAUAUUCUCAACCGCCCAUCAAGAAAGGAGACGGGCAAUACGGGCCAAAUUUAAUUCACUUCAAACCUUCGUUGUACUAUACGUAUUCUUCCCUACCAGCAAGUAUGAAACUUUGGUUAGAUGGCUUAGAGGACAACCAAAAGACAUUGAUGGAAAUUAACGAUAAGUCUGCUGAAAAUUUAGACAUAUUAUUACAUGGAUUCAAAGGAUUUCCGUACAGGAACAGUUAG